AUGAAGGUCAAGAUCAAGAAUUGGCAUGCUAUAUCCUACUGGCACUGGACUGUUGACGACGAGUUGUGUGGGAUCUGUCGUGCUGCCUUUGAUAGCACCUGUCCAGUGUGCAAGUAUCCUGGCGACGAGUGUCCUAUGGUGCUUGGAAACUGCCACCAUGCCUUUCAUUUGCACUGUAUCUUGAAAUGGUUGGACACUGAGACCUCUAAUGGCCUAUGUCCUAUGUGCAGACAGACUUUCCAA